UCGCCGGCGGUAGUGGAGCACUCUCUCACGUUACUGGGAGGCGUCCUCCUGGCAUGUCGUCUGUGUACACAUUGAGCAAGGAUGAUGUGAACUACAGGAUGCAUUUCCGAAUGAUAAACGAGCAGCAGGUCGAGGAUAUCACCAUCGAGUUCUUCUACCGGCCGCACACGAUAACUCUGCUGACAUGCACGGUGCUCAGCUUGAUGUAUUUCGCGUUCGCGAGAGAUGAUGGAAACCCCAACAGUAAUCUCUGGGUGGGGCUCAUCCUGGUCAUCUCCUUCUUUCUUGUCAUCAGUGUUUUGGCAUUUCCCAACGGUCCCUUCACUAGACCACAUCCGGCAAUAUGGCGGAUGGUUUUUGGUCUGAGUGUCCUCUACUUCCUGUUCCUGGUGUUUAUCAUCUUCCUGAACUGGCAGCAAGUGAAGCAGCUCAUGUAUUGGCUGGACCCAAACCUGCGUUAUGCCAAGAGAGAGGCAGACAUCAUGGACUAUGCAGUGAACUGCCAUGUCAUCACCUGGGAGAGGAUCGUGAGCCAUUUUGACAUCUUUGCAUUUAGCCAUUUCUGGGGCUGGGGUAUGAAGGCCCUGCUGAUUCGAAGCUAUGGCCUCUGCUGGACCAUCAGCAUCACCUGGGAGCUUACUGAGCUGUUCUUCAUGCAUCUCCUGCCUAACUUUGCCGAGUGCUGGUGGGACCAGGUGAUUCUGGACAUCCUGCUGUGUAAUGGAGGCGGCAUCUGGCUUGGCAUGACUAUCUGCCAUUUUUUGGAGAUGAGGACCUACCACUGGGCCAGUAUUAUGGACAUCCACACCACCACGGGGAAGAUCAAGCGAGCCGCGUUGCAGUUCACCCCUGUGAGCUGGACCUACGUACGCUGGCUUGACCCAAAGUCUUCCCUCCAGCGAGUGAUGGGCGUCUAUCUGUUCAUGAUUAUCUGGCAGCUAACAGAGUUGAACACAUUCUUCCUCAAGCACAUCUUCGUCUUCCCUGCCAGCCAUGCUCUGAGCUGGUGUCGGAUCCUGUUCGUUGGCAUCAUCACAGCUCCAACAGUGAGGCAGUAUUAUGCGUACCUCACAGACACCCAGUGCAAGAGAGUUGGAACACAGUGCUGGGUAUUUGGGGCAAUCGCUUUUCUGGAGGCCUUGGCGUGUAUUAAGUUUGGACAGGACUUGUUCUCAAAGACCCAGAUCCUCUACGUGGUCCUCUGGCUGCUGUGUUUGGCCUUCAUUACAUUCCUGUGCCUGUUUGGAAUGGUGUUGUGUGCUGAGAACUAUGGUCCAGGAAGAACGAGCCUCUCAGAAUGUGAAGACAGUAAUUACCCUGAGUAUGCUGAACACGUGUCAGACGCAUAUAAAGUGUUUGACCCUCGUUUUUCAGAAGAGACGGAUGUGGACGAUGACGACGACGACGACGAGGAGGAAGAGGAGGCCAGACCUCCAACCCGGCGCAGAGGGAAGGGCUCAGGAAAGACCAACUCCGUGAACGGCGUGGACAGCCAGUAGGAUUUGGAGCAAGAGGCUGGUGUGUGUGACUCCUGAACUCACUCCAGGGAGCCAGGUGUGAAGGGUCAGGGGUGGAAAAAGGGGGUAAAGAUACAAUCACUUCCUGGUGUAAUUAAUGUCUAAAGCCCCUCCCCACAGCAGAGGGAGAGAAGACAGGAGAGGCAAAGUGGAUGGACAGGCCCAUGCAGUGGUUAUUAGGAGUGCACAGAGGCUUGGACUAGAGGUGCGUGCGUGUGCGUGUGUGUGUGUGUGUGUGUGUUAAAAACUGCCGAUUGUAGCUGAUAAACUAUAAUUUACAAUUAUUCUACGAUACAGUUUAUCAUUAAUGGUCAAUAUACACUUGACUGGUUCACACCAGCCUCAACUCGUAUGUUGGUUCAACACAUUUCAAUGUUGAAAGCCAUUCUCUAGACACGAUCACAUUAAUUGAAGCCUCUGUUUCCAGCACAGUAAGGCUGUGUGUUUAACUUGAAUGUGGGUGAGAUCUCAAUGCAAGACGGCUUUAGCUUGGCAGGAUCGUCGACUGAGGUUUGUGUUUGACCUGAAGCAAAGCACACAGUUUAAGCACUUUUCAGAAUGUUUUCUUGCAAAUACUGUACAUUUUGUACCGCUUGGGUAUUUUGUGAAUCAUUGUGACCUUGAGUGAUUUUACUCUCUCUGUCCAUCUGUGGCUGCUAUCUUUUUUGUUUUUUACUCCACUGAUAAUGGAGGGCGAUAAUUCAAAUUCCUGCAUGUGUUGUCUGGUUCUACCUGUGUGAGUGCAGGUGUGUUUUUGUUUUACUGUCGACCUUCUUGCUAUGGCAUAUAUUGCAUUUGCAUGGCCGUAUCAAAUCAAGGGUUUUAGUAGGAAAAUGUUAGAGUAGCCAAGAGAUCUCCGUAUGACACCACACACACCAGAGCGCUAGUAUUGUUAUUUUGAGGUCUUUCACUGUCAUCGGAACAUUUCAAUUCACCACUUGUGCCUGUUUGCAUGUUCCUUUUUUUAAAUUCUCAACUUCUGUUUGUAUUCCAACUAAAUGUUUGCUUUUUGUGUUUUGAUUCUUCUGCUCUAAAGUGCUUUCUUGAAUGUUUAUUUUCAUUUGCUCUGCCAGCAUCAAUUCAGUACAGAUAUAUCCCUCUUAAUCCUCGACAAUCCAGACGUUGCCCUCUGGAAUGGACCAGGCCCUGCUACAGUAGACACAAUCAAUGGUCCACUGUCUCUGGAUUAAGAUGUCAUUUGCCAAAAACUAUUCUGAUGAAAAAACGGCUGUUCUUUUUCACUGAGAUAUUGAAACAUAAUAAAAUGUUUUACAUUUACUCUUAAA